AACAAACGAACAAACAAACAAAACAUACAAUUAUUAAAAACACCCUUAUGUCACGUUCUUCUGUGUCCUUUUCUGCUAUUAGUUACUAUAACACCACCACAACCAUUCCUUUUCUAGCAUUGCAGCUCUACACAAAGUAUAGUAUACACAGUUUCUCAUUUUAACUCUCUCCUUUACUUAUGGGGAAUCCCACUGCAUCCUCUGAGAUUGAAAUUGAUACUGAUUUUAAGGUCCAUGUGUUCUCUUCAUCAUCUGAGUUACUGGAAAAGCUUCAUCAAACAUGGAGUUCAGUGGAGAAACAACCAUAUCCAGCUAUGUAUUCUAGUGUCUAUGGAGGUAUCAUACUUGAUCCGGCAAUGAUGGUAAUCCCCAUAGAUGAUCACAUGGUACAUAGAGGCCAUGGUGUGUUUGAUACUGCUAUUAUUUUACAAGGAUACCUCUAUGAGUUGGAUGUUCACCUUGACCGUUUCUUGAGAUCGGCUUCCAAAGCGAAGAUAUCCUCGCCCUUUUCGCGAUCGACUCUUCGAAGCAUUCUAAUCCAACUAACCGCGGUCUCAAAAUGCAAGAAAGGAACAUUAAGAUACUGGUUAAGUGCAGGUCCUGGUGAUUUCUUGCUGUCAUCAUCAGGAUGUCCAAAACCUGCAUUCUAUGCAGUAGUCAUUGAUCAUGAUUUUUCUCAGUGCAAAGAAGGCGUGAAAGUGAUAACUUCCAAUGUAGCAAUGAAGGCACCUUCGUUUGCCACAAUGAAAAAUGUGAACUAUCUUCCUAAUGUACUUUCGGUAUUGGAAGCGGAAGAGAAAGGAGCGUUUAGUUCUGUGUGGAUUGAUGAGGUUGGUUAUAUCGCUGAAGGACCGAAUGUGAAUGUUGCUUUCGUAACUCGAGAAAAGGAACUUGUUAUGCCUUGUUUUGAUAAUAUAUUGUCUGGUUGCACUGCGAAAAGGCUUCUUGAACUUGCACCAAAGUUGGUUGAACAAGGUGUUCUCAAAAGUGUGAUAACUAGAAAUCUGAGUGUUGAAGAAGCUAAAGGUGCUGCUGAAAUGAUGUAUGUAGGUAGCACUCUUCCUGUGCUGCCUAUCAUCAUGUGGGAUGAUCAACCAAUUGGUGAUGGUAAGGUUGGAGAAUUAACAAUGUUAGUUUCGGAUCUGCUAUGGGAUGAUAUGGUAGCUGGCCCUGAGACACAGAGACUACUUGUUCCUUAUGUUUAGUGAACAAACAUACAAAAUAAUUUGGGGAUACAUGUGUCUUAUGUUCCUUGGUUGUAUUGAUUUACAAUGUGAUUUCUGUCUGUAUUUGCAUUCUGAAUUUCAAGUGUGAACAAGUUCUGAAGCAGUAGAUAUUUGCUGCUACACAAAAGUUAUACUAUGUCAAAUAAUUCUUGAA